CAAACAUCCAUCCUUUUCAACUCAAAAGCCAGCUAGUACUAAGUCAUUUGAGCUUUCAGUUUCAUCAAACCAUCAUGAAGAACAUGAGAGAAAGAAGAGGGAUUGAUGAAAGAGACAACACUGGUCAGGUUAUGUAUGAAGACUUCCAACCAAUUGCAGAUUGGACCAGUGAUUCAAAUAGCCAUGUCCUCCAUGUUCAUCUUCCUGGCAUCAAGAAGGAAGAACUGAAGGUAGAAGUGGACAACAAUGGCAGAUUAGCAAUCAGCGGAGAGAGGCAGUUGAGUGAGAACAAAUAUAAGCGAUCCAAGCAAAUCUAUAGCUUGCCUAUAGAUUCAGAUAUCGACAAGAUCAGCGGUAAAUUUGAUGGUGGUAUUCUCUUCGUAAUCAUCCCCAAGAAAGAAAAUGUAAUCAAGGAAGAACCAGAGGAGGAGCUUCCCAUUGCAGAUGGAAUAGCUGAAGAGCAGAAACAGGACACAUCCAGAACUGAAGAAAAACCAGAAGGGGGUCCUAAACAGGAAACAACAACCACUACUGAAGAAAAACCAAAUAAAGAUGGUAAAGACAAUGAUGUUAUACAUGACCAUGGAAAUGGGGUUCACGAGGAAGGGAAUAGAGAAGAAGGUGCAGAUAAUAAAUGGAAAUGUGGAUUACAUGAAGAUUUCCAUCCAAUUGCAGAUUGGACCCACGAUUCAAGUAGUCAUGUCCUCCUUGUUGAACUUCCUGGUUUCAAGAAGGAAAAUCUGAAGGUAGAAGUGAACAACAAUGGCAGAUUAGCAAUCAGUGGAGAGAGGCAGUUGACUCAGAACAAAUAUAAGCGAUUCAAGCAAAUCUAUAGCUUGCCUAUAGAUUCAGAUAUCGACAAGAUCAGCAGUAAAUUUGGUGUUGGUAUUCUCUUCGUAAUCAUCCCAAAGAAAGAAAAUGUAAUCAAGGAAGAACCAGAGGAGGAGCUUCCCAUUGCAGACGGAAUAGCUGAAGAGCAGAAACAGGACACAUCCAGAACUGAAGAAAAACCAGAAGGGGGUCCUAGACAGGAAACAACCACCACCACUGAAGAAAAACCAAAUAAAGAUGGUAAAGACAAUGAUGACCAUGGAAAUGGGGUUCACGAGGAAGGGAAUAGAGAAGAAGGUGCGGAAAAUAAACGGAAAUGUGGAUUACGUGAAGAUUUCCAUCCAAUUGCAGAUUGGACCAACAAUGUCCUCCUUGUUGAACUUCCUGGUUUCAAGAAGGAAGAGCUGAAGGUAGAAGUGGACAACAAUGGCAGAUUAGCAGUCAGUGGAGAGAGGCAGUUGAGUGAGAACAAAUAUAAGCGAUUCAAAGAAAUCUAUAGCUUGCCUACAGAUUCAGAUAUUGACAAGAUCAGCGGUAAACUUGAUGGUGGUGUUCUGUUUGUAAUCAUCCCAAAGAAAGAAAAUGUAAUAGAGGAAGAACCAAAGGAGCAGCAUCCCAUUGCAGAUGAAAUUGCUGAAGAGCAGAAACAGGGAACAUCCAAAACCGAAGAAAAACCAGAAGGGACUCCCAAACAGGAAACAACAACCACUACUGAAGAAAAACGAAAGAAAGAUGGAAAAGACAAUGAUGUUAAACAUGACCAUGAAAAUGGGAUUCACGAGGAAAUGAAGCGAGUAGAAAGUAUGAAAAAUAAAUGGAAAUGUGGAUUAUACAAAAGUGUAAGAGAGAAGGAAGAGAAAAGAUCUAAGUUUGGCUUUGCAAAACGAGCAAUUGAAAGGAUCGCUCGGAUCAAGGGAGUGGUUUUAGCUGCCAUCUUAAGGCUUGCAGUUGGAUUUGGAUCGAGAGGUACCAGUGAGGAGAGAGAUAGAGAGAAAAUAGGAGAGAGAGUGAGAUAAAACUCAUUGGUAUCUCUCUAGCAAACCACUUCCCCCCCUUGGCGCUAGAGAGGACCCUACUCCCCUGCAGUUGGGAUGUACUUUUUCGCAUAAACUCAGAUCAACUGACAUAUGACAGAGGCCUUGACCCUAGUUGUGAAUCUCAACCUGUACCAAAAAGAAAGUGAAGGUGAGGGGGGGAAGAUGAUACCCUCAUUAUUGUAGAAUGUGACUGACUUGUACAUAUCUCUUUAACAUGUAAACAUUAUAAAACAGUCUAUGCUUGUAAGCAUAAAACAACUGCUUCUUGGGAAGAUUUCUGUUUC